UCUUCUGUGGGUCCCCCGCGGACCCGGAUACUAUUACGUCUAUUUUUCGGUUUUGAGAUACAGAGAGAAGGAACCAUUGAGGAUCGAUCUUUCUUUCGAUCGGUGCGUAUUUACGAUUUGAAGUUUCAUGGAGAAAGGAGAGUCGUCGAGCCCGGUAUACGAGCGGCAGAAGAGCUUGUCGGGGUCGACGACCGGCAACCCUACGUCUCCAAUAAUGUCUCCGAUGAACCGACACGUCCGAUCAGGAUCCGUCGGCAUUGUUAAUUUCCGGCGAACGCAGAACUCAGCGGCGCGAGCAGCUGCUCAGCGCCUCGCUCGCGUAAUGGCACACAAGCAAGCCGAAGACGAGAGCAGCGAAGACGACGAUGUUGCCGCUUUGCCGCCGAUUGAGCUUUCCACUCCACGUCGAGCUAAUCGGUUACCCUCCCCUGCGAUAGGCCAUUACAUUCCUGAUCAAAUUCCUGUUCAAACUACAUCAAUUGGUCGAUCAACCAUGUCAAUGAAGCCAAGUCCGAUGAUGCCUCCCACUAAGCCAUCACCAAAGCCAAUUGCUUCAUUACCAUCAGAGGCUCCAACUGUUGUCCGAAGAGAGAAAAGGAUGUCGCUUGAUUUUGGAAAUUCAUUUACGAGAGAGACCGCUCAUUCAUCACGUUCAUCUUCUACUCUUCAAGACGAGAUUGAUGCACUGCAAGAAGAAAAUGAAAAUAUACUUGAAAAGCUUCGGCUUGCAGAGGAAAGGUGUGAGGAAGCGGAGACAAGAGCUAAACAACUUGAGAAGCAGGUUGCUUCUCUAGGUGAAGGGGUAUCUCUUGAAGCUCGUCUACUGAGCAGGAAGGAAGCUGCAUUGCAACAAAGAGAGGCUGCUUUGAAAGCUGCUGCUAUUCAAAGAAGUGUUUCAAGGGAUGAAGAGAUUGCAGCUCUUCAAAUUGAAGCAGAAAGUGCAAAGGAAAAAGUGAUAGCUGUAGUUGAACAUCUUCUGGAUGCAGAAUCUGAAAUUAAAUCCCUACGAACAGCGACACAGAAAAUGAUUCUAAAUCAAGAAGAGAUGGAGGAGUUGGUUCUUAAGCGGUGUUGGCUUGCUCGUUAUUGGAAAUUAUGUGUUCAGCAUGGCAUUCAUUCGGAUAUAGCUGAAGCCAAGAAUGAUUACUGGUCAUCUCUUGCGCCACUUCCUUCAGAAGUUGUGUUGUCUGCUGGUCAGAAAUCAAGAGAAGGUCCUUCAUCAGCAGGCAAAGCUGAUCACGAGGACAACCACAGAGUCACAUUUGGGAUAAUUGAUCCAAACUGGGAAGAAAACAUUGAAAGCAUGCUUUUGGUUGAGAAAGGCCUGUGUGAACUUGUAUCACUUAAGGUGGAGGAGGCUGUCCUACUGUCAAUGGCUAAACAUCGAGGCUCAAAUAUUAAAGGGUCAUUGUUUUCACAAGAAGGGUCAAAUCCUUUAGAAGCUUUUGAGUUGAGCCAGGAGGAGUGCGCAGAUGUUCAAUUCAAGCAGACAAGUUUGGAUUUUCAGGCCUGGUUGACUUAUAUUUGGAGAAGAGUUAAGAAUCAUGGUCUGGAAGAGGAUAUUGCUGAUGAUCGUUUACAGUUUUGGAUUGAUAAUGGCGUACAUUUGCCGAAUUCACAGGAUGCCGUGGAAGUGGAGCGUGCAUUAUGGGAGUUAAAAAAGUUGGGAAUUGAAUCCCAACUCUGGGAGGCAUGCCGUAAAGGGGUGAACGAAGACUCGAGUCAACAUGGAAGCUCAACUCCAUCAGAAAUUUGAGUUCAUUUGGCUGUCAGUAUAUUUCAUGGUGAUGAAUUCCAACUCUUCUGUUAGUUAAUUUCCAAAAAUCAAAUUGGAUGAGAUUAUCUUAUCAGGGGCCCCUUGAUUCAGAUCAUAUAUAUGUUAUUAGUAGUUACUUCAAUUUUGAGAUCAAUAAAAUUUUAUUCAUUCAUUCAUUUAUUGUUUUAUUUCUUGGG